GGGACUUGCUCAUCAAUGGCAGGGGAUGUCACAUAUGCGGAUGUGGCAAUGCUGCCUAGGGAAAAACCACACGUUCCUUCUCAGACACCAGUUCCAGGAAACAUGAUCAUGUACGCUGAGCUGCGCGUGAAGCCGAAACCCAAAGGCAACAGCAGACCAGAGACUUCCUCUUCCGGCUGUCGACACAGGUGCUCAGCCUGGUUCUAUGUGGUGCUGGUCCUGGGAAUCCUUGUGCUCAUUCUGCUCGGAAUCAUAGCCAUACAAGCCAAGCAAUUUUUGAAGGGCAGAGCAGGAAAAUCAGAAGGUUUGUCCCAAUAUAGUCUGAAUAGCAGCGGCAAUCACAUUUCUUCAGAGAAGACCUUCCCUGCAGUGCUCCUGAAAUGGCUCAUGGAGGAACUGUGUGAAGAUGGACAGGGAACUACAUGUGAGCUCUGUCCUCCCGGGUGGCAGCUGCACAGGGGCAGAUGUUACUACUUCUCUGAGGAGGCUAGAAGCUGGGAUGACAGCCAGAAAAAGUGUCUGGCCAGGAAAUCCCAGCUUCUUGUCAUUGAAGAUGAAAUUGAGAUGGAAUUUAUAGACAAUAAAGAGAAAGAUCCCAAAUAUAUCUGGAUUGUGUUGAAGACUCAAGACAAGAAGAAACAAUGGAGUUCAGUUGGAGAUCAUGGAGUAAAAGUAAACAGCAGGAGAGCUCUAAAGAGAAUUGAGACCGACAAGAACUGUGCUGUUUACAGAAGGAAAAAUGUGAUCCAAGCAGACAACUGUCAGACAUUGAAAAAGUGGAUCUGUAAGAAGAACGCAACUUUGCUGGAGCUCUGAGCCAAAUUUCCAGACAACAGGCAGUUUUCUGUCAGAAGACCCAUUUACUGACAAACCAACUUGCAGUGUAAAUAAUUUUAAUGAGACUUGUGUGGAAUAUUGCUGUUUUGUGCUCCCUAAGAAGUCAGAAGUUGACAGGUGUCAGCGGUGACAGGUCACAGGACUGCAAGUUGGCACCUGUAGAUUUGGGGGUGCUGAGCCUUCAUAUGGACAGACUUUGGAAGCAGCUGCCUCUAGGAUAGGGCAGAGAGGAAGGAUGAGGAUGAGCACUGUGCAGGUGAGCUGUGUGAUGUGCAGGAAAAGUGGCUUCUGCAGGGGCUGAAGAGUGUGCUGGAGCCCACUGCUGUCAUACAGGUCCCUCAGGCAGCUGCUGAGCUCAGGACUUGUUAUUUGUGUUUCAGCAUUUUAGUGUUUUCUGAAGUUUGGGUGGCUUUUUUUCCUUAGAGCCUAAUUGUGACUCACAGAAGCCAAUCAAGGGCUGGAAAAAAUACAUUUAUUGGACAGUAUCUUAUUAAGAGCUGCUACCCAGCUUCUGUGUGUAGAUACCAGACCAAACAUGAAGUGACUUGUAAAACUUGUGGUUAAUAAGCUGAUUGCUCCCAUCUUCUGAUGUUGAACCUUGGAACCUGAAAGCAAACUCUUACCUAGGGAAGUGGCUUAGAUUUUAAGACUACUUUGUAAAGCAAAGAAAUAAAGAGG